AUGGCCGUCUUGCCUAAAUCUGAGUAUGGCAUGACCUCUGCCGCCACUGUGGCAAGGGAUAUGUUGCGCAGCUUUCUAAAAAUUCAUUUCGGAUUGAUAGUCGGUAUCGGCGGCGGCGCCCCAAGCGCAAAGCACAAUAUACAACUUGGCGAUAUUAUUAUAAGUACCUGUGGCAGUAGGAAAGGCGGCGAGCAUGCUUUCGUGGCGACAGGGUCCUUGAACCAGCCGCCGCAAUUACUUCUGACAGCAUUAAGCAGGCUCGAAGCUAAAUACAAGCUGGAAGGGCAUCAGCUCAGCGCCCACGUUAAUAAGGUAUUAGAACAACGGCCUCGUUUACAACAGAAAUACUCUCGGCCACCCCCAGACAGCGACAGACUCUACCGGCCCGACGUUGUCCAUCCGGACUCGUCAGACGCAUGCGGCGACGUGUGCAGCGACGAUCCCUCUUGUUUGGUAUAUCGAAAAGAACGCAGGGAGCAAGAGGAUGACCCUGCCAUCCAUUAUGGGUUGAUCGCCAGCGCAAACCAACUGAUGAAGGAUGCACUUGCUCGGGAUAAGCUGGCGGCUAGUAUAGAUGUCUUUUGUUUCGAGAUAGAGGCGGCCGGCUUGAUGAACCACUUCCCGUAUUUGGUAAUCCGCAGGAUAUGCGACUACUCUAACUCGCAUAAGAACAAGGAGUGGCAGGGCUUUGCGGCAGUAAUGGCAGUGGCGUAUGUAAAGGAUCUACUGCGCCAGAUCCCUCUUAAUAAGGUUGAGGCUGAGAUGCCUAUUAGCGAAGUCCUUUAUUCCAUUAAAUUAACAGGAAAUGAAACUAAAUAUGCGGUAAUAAGCAUGGCAUCUAACCACCAUUGUUCAACUAAUGCCAACUUAGCAAGAAAACGCCGUCAUCCCGGCACUAGGGCCUGGCUUCUAAACAGUCCCGCCUUCCAGGAAUGGAAACUUGGGUCACGUCAACACCUGUGGCUCUACGGUCUGGCAGGGUGUGGCAAGACUAUUUUAAGUAUAACGAUUCUUAAUCACCUUCUGCAAAUAGACACCUACACCACACUUGCAUUCUUCUUCGACUUUAAUAAUACCAAAAAACAGAAACUAGAGGAUCUCCUACACUCCCUAGCAGUUCAGCUUUAUCAUACCGGGAACAAAGCCGCAAGAAGACUUAAUAAUAUAAAUGCCUUAUCAGCCUGCAUUAACACAAUAAUACAAACUGCUAGAAAGGUUUUCAUUAUCAUUAACGCCCUAGAUAAGAAGGCUCAGCUCAUUAUCACUGGCCGGCCUGAAGUAGAGUUCCAAAGCGAGAUCCCUCGGCCAUUCGGCAAGCGAAACUAUCUUCUAGAUAAAAUCCAGGAUAAAAUCGGAAAUAGAGCCGAUAGGAUACAAAGCAGCGCGAUUUAUCUCCUGCACUUUCUAGUCUAUACUAAGAGGCCUCUAAUACUAGAAGAGGCUAUUAAAGUAAUAGCUACUAAAAUAGAUCGAGAGCCUCAGGGCUUCGAUAUUAAUGGCAGACUAUCUCUAAAAGCCGACAUCUUACGAUACUGCCCUAGCUUAGUAAUUAUUGCUAAAGUCAUAAAGUAUGCUAAGACUAUAGAAGAACUUUAUCUUGCUUAUUUCUCUGUUAAAGAGUACCUUCUUAACAUUGCUAUCGCUAAAACCUGCUUGACUUAUCUUACUGAUAUUAAGGGCAGCCAUAGCAUGAUUAGAUAUAAUUUUCUAAUAGCACGAUUAUAUUAUGCUUAUCUUGGCAGACUUAUAGCGGCUGCAAGAAAUCUAAUUGCAGAGGGAGCCGAUGUCAACAUGCAGGGCAGCGAGUAUGGCAAUGCUCUGCAGGCUGCCUUAUUUCGCGGUAACUGA